GCGACCCUCUCUGCGGCUGCGCUGGAACUCGGCAGCAGCAAGUUCUUCACCAGGACCGGUCUCACAAGUCUUGUGUGCAUUAGCCGUCUUUGACGUUUCACAACGUUGCCGUCUCAAAACGUCACCGUAAUGAAUGAAGUCUGCUUUUGACGUUUCGAGUAAAUUUGAACACAAGCUGACGACGACGACGAGCGGGAAUACAGCGCGAAAGAAGAAGGCGGGAAGCUAGGUGUUAGCGUGACGACGCGCAACAUGUUGAAUGUAUUCGGUGUGUCCUCAGGGUGUCCUCCUGCUUCUGUCGGCCUCAAGCAAUGAGCAACAGCGCGCCGAGGAAACGACGGAACGUGGAGGGCCCGCUCGCGUCCGCUGCCAAACAACGCGGCGGCGCUAAGGCUCGCCGAGCGACCCGCGCCGAUAGACGGGCCGGGGCCGAUGUCGGCGGACCACGUAGCGGGAUAACAGGUCCCCGAGCGGCUCCCUCGCCCGUCGUUGCGGAGACCAUCGAUGUGAUGGACAACCCGGAGGAGGACAGCUCCGCCGAGGUGGUCGAUCUGACGUCGGAGACGUCGGAAGCGGGGCACGUCGUCGAUCUGACCAACGACACCGUCCUGCUCCUUUCAGAUCACGACGGUGAUGGGAGAAACUCCCCGGGAGGUAGCUACGUGGUCAGCAGCGAUGAGGACGAGCCCUCCAAUGUGGGCGCUAAUGUCUUGUCCUCACUCCGGGCGCGGAGCACCACUAGAUUUACGCCGGGAAUCAUCAGCUGUCCCGUGUGUAUGGACUCUUACUCGGAGAUGGUGGACAGCGGCCGGCUGGUGGUGUCCACCAAGUGCGGACACGUCUUCUGCAGCCAGUGCCUACGAGACGCCCUUUCCCACUCGCACACGUGCCCGACGUGUCGAAAACGCCUGACGCCUCGACAGUACCACCCCCUCUACAUCUGACACUUCUUUCUGUCUUUGUUAUUGAUGUCACAUAUUUCUGUCACACAAUAAAAGUCAAUAAUGUGCGCGAUCCCGGUUAAGUGCUGGGAGGGAACCCGACCAACGGGAUAAACCGGUCAAGUUUCGCGGCGGGACCGGAAUCUUCCAGAUGAACUAGUGUUCUCUUUUUUAUUUGAUGGUAGUUAAAGUAACCGUUCACCUAAAAGUGUUUGUUUAUUUUUUGUUUGAGAAAAUAAAACUGAAAUUUCAAAAUGCUAUUUGUCCGACAAUUUUGGUCAAAAUCGCAUCAUUUAUACAUAAAAAAUAGAAUCACGAUGCUCAGGAGUACCGAUGUUCUAUACAGUUUUUGCUUUAAAAAAAAAAAAAAAAAAAAGCGCUUUGGCCAAGAUUUGCCUAAAACUUUCCAACGGCCCUAUUUGCUCACCAUUCAUUUCAAUAGCAUAAAAACAUCCAUUCUCCCGAAUCAACGGGGUGGCCCAAUGAAAUGAAAUUUUAUUAUCAUUGGUAUCAUUGACAGUUACAAAAUGUGAUAUGAUUUGCCCGAAGGAACCGAAGAAGAAGACAAAGGCGGACGGGAGGAAUCAUAUGCUUAUCAGUUUCCCGUCCCCCAUACAACUAAAGACGCACAUUCAGACAUGGUACAUACAUCAGAUGGCCACAAAACUACAAUAACACAACAAUCUGGGUUUAGUAACUCAGCGUCCAGUCAAGCAGCUCGAUUAAUUUCAGGGCGUACAAGGUUAUGGCUUUGUCAUGUCCUUCACAUUUUUGCAUCUGUUUGCUGUGGGAACAUUUUGUUGUGGCUCAUUUGCGCCAGCCAAAAUUUCCAGCCUCGUGAUGCGAACAUUUCUCUCCUCGACCGCCUGCUUGAGUUUCUCGUUUUCAGCGCGAAUUAACAGGAGCUCUCUGACGAUUUCUUGAUUCUGGUUUUGAAUCAAGCCAGUCAAGGAGACCUCCAACGUCUGUAUGGAGGAUUUUAUUUCAUCCAAGUCUCCAGGUUUCAAAUUCUUUGGAGCCAUACUGGGAGUCGAGCUUGCUGGCCCUGAGCGCUUGAGUGCUUCAGGAGCUCAGAGAGUGCAUCUGUACACAGUGAAGGCUGAGCAGCGAUAGCCCAAUAUCAACAGGAAGUAACUGAAUUGUCCCCAAAUCAACUGGAAGUGACCCUGGAUUACCCCCAAAUUAACAAAGUGACCAAAAUCUAUAAGAAGUUACCCUGAAAUGCCCCCAAUAAACAGGAAGUGACUUCAUAUCAACAGGAAGUUAUCCUAAAGUGCCCCCAAAUCAACAGGAAGUGACCUGAUAUGAACAGGAAAUUAUCCUAAAAUGACACUGAAUCAACAGGAAGUGGCCUGAGUCUCCAUGAAGUGACCUUGAAAUGCCCGAAAUCAACAGGAAGUGACCUCAUCAAAAGGAAGUUACCCUAGAAUGCCCUGUAACACCAGGAAGUGACUCAAAUAUGAACAGGAAGUGAUCCUGAAGCGCCCCCCCAAUAAACAGGAAGUGACUCUGGAGUGCCUCAAAAUCAACAGAAAGUGACCUUGAAAUGCCCCCAAAUCAACAAGAAGUGACCGAAUAUGAACAGGAAGUGACCCUGAAGCACCCCCAAAUCAACAGGAAGUGACCCAAUAUGAAUGGGAAGGGAUCAUGAAAUAGCCCCAAAUCAACAGGAAGUGACCCUGGAAUGCCCCCUAAUCACCAGGAAGUGACCCAAUAUGAACAGGAAGUGAUCUUGAAAUGACCCCAAAUCAACAGGAAGUGACCUCAUAUCAACAGGAAGUUAUCCUAAAAUGCCCCCAAAUCAACAUGAAGUGACCCAGGAAUGCCCCCAAAUCACCAGGAAGUGACCCAAUAUGAACAGGAAGUGAUCCUGAAAUGAACCCAAAACAGGAAGUGACCUUGAAAUGCCCCAAAAUCAACAGGAAGUGACAUAUCAACAAGAAGUUAUCCUAAAAUGCCCCAAAAUCAACAAGUGACCCUGGAAUGCCCCCAUAUCAAUAGAAACUGACCCAUAUUUAUAGGAAGUGACCCUGAAAUGCCCCCAAAUCAAUAGGAAGUGUCCCUGGAAUGUCCUUAAAUCAAUAGGAAGCUACCCAGAAAUGGGCCCAAAUCAAGAGGAAGUGACCCAAUAUGAAUGGGAAGUGAUCAUGAAAUGGCCCCAAAUCAACAGAAAGUUACCUGGAAUGCACCCAAAAAAGGAAGUGACCUCAUAUCAACAGGAAGUUACCCUAAAAUGCCCUAAAAUCAACAAAAAGUGACCCUGGAAUGCCUCCAGAUCAACAGGAAGUGACCCCAGAAUUUCCCCAAGUCAGCAGGAAGUGACCUUAUAUACACAAGAAGUUACCCUAAAAUACCCCCAUAUCAACAGGAAGUGACCCAAUAUAUAUGGGAAUGGAUCAUGAAACGGCCACAAAUCUACAGGAAGUGACCUCAUAUCAGCAGGAAGUACCCUAAAAUGCCCCCAAAUCAACACGAAGUGACCCUGAAAUGCCCCCAAAUCAACAGGAAGUGUCCCUGGAUUGUCCUUAAAUCAAUAGGAACUUACCCAGAAAUGGGCCAAAAUCAUGAGGAAGUGACCCCCAAAUCAACAAGAAGUUACCUGAAAUGCACCCAAAAUAGGAAGUGACCUCAUAUCAACAGGAAGUUACCCUAAAAUGCCCCAAAAUUAACAAAAAGGGACCCUGGAAUGCCUCCAAAUCAACAGGAAGUGACCCCAGAAUUUCCCCAAGUCACCAGGAAGUGACCCUAUAUAAACAGGAAGUUACCCUGAAAUACCCCCAAAUCCACAGUAAGUGACCCAAUAUGAAUGGAAAUGGAUCAUGAAAUGGCCACAAAUCUACAGGAAGUUAGCUAGCUGGAUUGCCCCCAAAUCAACAGGAAGUGACCUUAUAUCAGCAGGCAAUACGCUAAAAUGCUCCCAAAUUAACAGGAAGUUACCCUGGAAUGCCCUUAAAUCAGUAGGAAGUUACCCAGAAAUGCCCCCCCAAAUCAACAGGAAGUGACUCAAUAUGAAGAGGAAAUGAUCCUACCCCAAAUCAACAGGAAGUGACCAACUAUGAACAGGAAGUGACCCUGGAAUGCCCCCAAAUCAAUAGGAAGUGACCCAAUUUGAAUGGGAAGGGAUCAUGAAAUGGCCCCAAAUCAACGGGGAAGUCACUUGGAAUUUCCCCAAAACAGGAAAUGCCCUCAAAUCAACAGGAAGUGACCUAUAUCAACUGAAAGUCACACUAAAAAUGCCGCAAAAUCAACAAGAAGUGACCCUGGAAUGGCUCCAACUCAACGGGAAGUGCCCCCAGAAUUUCCCCCAGUCAGCAGGAAGUGACCCCAUCGAAACAAGAAGUUACCCUGGAAUGCCCCCAAAUCAACAGGAAGUGACUGUCAAUAAGAUGUUACCAUGAAAUGCCCCCAAAUCAACAGGAAGUGACCCAAUGUGAACAGGAAGUGAUCCUGAAAUGCCCCCAAAUCCAUAAGUGACUUCAUAUCAACAGGAAGUGACCCCGAAAUUCCCUCAAAACAACAGGAAGUGUCUUAGCAAAGCAAAGCAUCGACCGCAUGCAUUCUCCUGCUUAUAAUCAUUUGAAAUCUGGGGACUAGUUUGGAUUACAACCCCUUCAUGACGCCCAUGAAUUUGAUGUUUACCGCCGUCAAUGACAGCGCAGGAGUCUUUGCCAAAGUCCACUGAGUGUUAAAUGUGUUUUGACGUGGAGCUCGUCUAAAAUGUGGAAAAACGUGUCGACGUAACAAUGACGGAGCGAAUUUUUCGAGCCACGAGUCAUCUUUUCAGGCGUCGCUCGCUCGGUCAGGUGACCGACUGU